UCUCUCAGCGGGCGCUGUGCUGCGUGUCACCGCAUCAACAUCAAAUCUCGCGCUAUAUACCAAUGGAAAUCCGAAUCCGUUCCGUAAAAUCGACAGAAUUUGACAGCAAUGGCGAAGAGCAAGGACGAUAUCAAGUACGGAGUUGCUCAAGCCAAAUUGUCCGAAGACGAAGCCCUAAGAGUUGCUUACAAGCACGGCACGCCGCUCGAAUCCGGCAAAAUCGCCGACUCCGAUCCUGUCGAUCUCUUUUCCAGUGCAAGCAGAAUCUCACGCGAUUCUUCUACUGCCGAUCGUUCUUCCUCCGCCGCCGCCGCUACUCAAUCUCAACCGCGGCGAGAGGAUCCUAGCAAUGAAGGAGGAAGAGAAUCCGAUGCUGCUGAUCCCGCCGCCGCCGGCCGAUGAAGUUGUUCUGGAUCGGUGGAAUGCACUUUUCGAUAGAUGCUGGCUUCUGUUUGCGGUUUUUCUUUUUCGUUCGUGAAGUUUGAGAGUUCGAGUUCGAGGUGGAGAAUGGAGGCUUUCUUUGUUGUAUGAUCUGAUCUCGUUUGUGAACUGCGUUAGAAUGUAAUUAGAAAUGGAUCGUUCUUUGAUUAGUAAUGAGUUAUUGGUGAAAUUUUGAAGUGGACCUGAGGAGUUUCAAAUCAA